CAGUCUCCUACGCCGCCUACCGCUGUGCAGGCCGCCCAAGUCGCCCCUUGACUUCAGAAUGAUCGUCACGAAAGAUAGCAAAUCCGAGGUGGAAUUCACCUCGCUCACCGGGUACGAGUCCUCCUCGCCCGGCGCGUCCGCGUCCACGUCCUCGCCACCGCCCGCGGUCAUGUCUCCGCUGUCCGAACAGCCUCUACCCACGCCGGCUGCACAUAUGGCUCCGCCCGCAUACUCCGUCCACUCUACCGCCGGUCCCUCACAACCGUCGUCCUCAACGCGUGGCAUCUCAGACGGGCCUAGCGCACCAGUUGUCGACCGCUACCGCGACCGCGACCGCGGCCAUGUCGCGCCCGCAUCCUCGCGGUCGACGAAGGAGCACAGUUCCGGACAUGCGAUCUCGCGCGGGCUAUUCAUGAUGGCUCUGUUGCCCGUCGUAGCGUUCCUCGCUCUGCUAUGGGCCGUGGGGAAGGUUAUCGAGGGCACGGGGAAGUGGCUAGUGAUGGGCCCCGAGGCGGCGUACCGGUCGUACCAGGCGCGCGAGGAGCGCAAGGAGACUAGGCGAGCGAAGGGGAGGAGCGUUGUAUGAGACUGCUUGGGUACUUAUGGGUACUUGUGGGACUUAUGAUAUGUCAUUACGACUUUCAGUCACUGCCUCCUUGACCGCCGUUUACUUAUCAGGUCAGACAAUUCUAACAAUCGG